UGCCGCAUCCCCAUUGGAGCGCUUCUCUCGAAGGAAAACGCGCCGGCCAAUUGGCAGCCAGGAGGGGCUAUAAAGGCGCCGAACUCCAGAAACCUGGAGCGCGCCUUGAGGAGAAAGGGCAUUUUUGGAAGCGAAAAGCAGCUUUGUUGGAAGAGAGCGAGGCAGCGCUUUUGCAAGAUGAAAACUACCAACAGCCAAGGAGGAAGCUACCCCAAAGUCGGAGGAGAUAGGAGAAAAAGGACCGUUUUCACUCCUGCCCAAAUCGAGCUUUUAAAGAAGGAGUUUGAAGUCAACCAGUACCCCGGAUACCAGACUAGGGAGGCGCUGGCGAGGUGCAUCGGAGUCGAAGAAGGUCGUGUGCACAUCUGGUUUCAAAACAGAAGGGCCAGAACACCAAAGAGGAUAGGUUCCAGGAUAAGGAUCGGGAAUCAUGCUGCAGCUCCUUAUAGCCACAGUGAGAGAACCAGUUUAAGAAGCAGCCUGGACAGCAGCCCAGGAAGCAGUCCAGGAAACCUCCAAAAUAUUCACAUGCAACAACAUUACCAGCCACAGAACUUUCAUUAUGCUGAAAGCUAUGGAGGAGCAGGGUUGUGGCAGCCACCUCUCAACAACACGCAAGCAGGAGAGUGUGCCCCGCAACAGCAGAGCUCCCUGGAAUUGAACCCUGCUUAUUACCAGCAAGCUGCUUUUUGUGGAACUGGGCUUUAUGAGACUUCCCAGGCGAGCAACUGCCCAGUUCCAUAUUACGGUGCGGAGAUGGUGAGGCAGCCUCCACCACCAUCUGGUAACUUCUUCAUGGCAUCAAGCACUUAUACUCCCUGGUCUGCAACGGGGAAUUAUUCAGCUACAAAUCCUGUACAAAUGCAGAAUGUUGAUGGAAGUGCUUCGGACUCUCAGUUUUUCUCUUUAAGUCAGGUUCCAGAUUAGCAUCCCCACUCCCCAACUCCUUCCUUGCUAUCCUGUACAUAUUUUCCAAGCUCCCUCUUUUAAUGCCUUUUAUUGUAUUACUUUGAUAUUUUGAAUAAAGUUUGUUCCUUUACUAGCUUGUCUGUAGUCUUGAGUUAAUUUUCCAUUUACUGCAACAUUCACUUUCCUGUGUGCAAGCAUAUCAACAUGGGCUUAAUUUUUCCAUAGAAAAGAGUCACUUGUGCGGUACAUGU